GGAUAAAUUGGUUUAUUAUCAAACAGUUGAUGUAAUCAUUUAUUACAAGAUAUGGACUGUUUGAUUGAGGAGCAAGCAGUUGGAGGAAUUCCUAUUACGAUUGUGCGCAGUUGUGUUGAUCAACAUCUGCAGCAGUCGGAUGUUGCAGUUUUGUUUCUUCUUCAUGGCCGUAAAGAACCAAUCAAGAGAUAUGUUGAGCAUGCCAAAACACUAGUGAAUGCCAUGACAAAGCAGGAUAAUGCUCGAUCGCUGGGACUCGUGGUGGUUCUGUUUGAGCAGCGCAACCACGGAUCUCGACUGGUAUCUGCAGUUGCCAACGAGUCCUGGUCAACAGGAAACCCAACUCAUGCGACAGAUAUGUGGUCAAUCCAGUACGGUACUGCAAAAGAUGUAUCUUUUUUGAUGGAUGUUCUUCCAAUGCAUUUAUCUGCAACAAUGAGCGUUCAUCGAUGGGGUGUAGCCGGAGUCAGUCUGGGUGGACACUCGACCCUUCUCGCUGCAGUCCAUGAACCAAGACUGGAUGUUGCAGUGUCGAUCAUUGGAUGUGGGGAUUACGCUUCCUUGAUGGUUCCUCGUGCACAAGCAUCCGGUCUGUCCAUUUCAACCGAUUCCUGUGAAUGCUUUCCACCCAGCCUUGUUCAGAUUUUGACCCGUCUGGAUCCAGUCAACAAUGUCCACAAACUCGACAACCAGAAACUUUUGAUUCUUGGUGGAGGGUUAGACGCCAUGGUUCCUCCAUCUGCUAACAAGAUGUUUAUUGAUCGUGUUAGGGAAAGGUAUGGUGCUGAGGGCAAGUCGGAGUGGUUUGACGAGCGCAUUGAUCCUGAUGCCGGCCAUACUUUUUCUCCGUGGAUGAUGGUUCAAACGCAGCAAUGGCUUUGCAAAUAUGUGCUAUCUCGUUGAGUCUGCCGUCAAGUAUAAGUUUGAUCCAGCUGCAUACUUUUUAUAAUGAAUAAAAGUGCAUCGGAUG